GGUAGUGAAUGUGAACAAACUGAAUCCCAUGCGCGCGGGAUGUCACUUCGAGGUGCCGCGGGAAAUUGCGAUGAAACGAGCGGUCGUCAGUGUGAAAUCCAUGGACAAUGCGUGCUUCGCGUGGUCGGUGGUCGCCGCUCUGUACCCCGCAGAAAGACAUGCAGAGCGAGAGUCAUUAUACCCACAUUACACUACUGUGCUAAAUUUUGCGGGUAUCGAGUUUCCGGUGACAUUAAAAGACAUUCCGAAAUUCGAACGUUUAAACGCUGUGUCGAUCAACGUGUACGGCAUCGAGAAUAAGCAGAUCCUUCCUCUACGACUCACAGGCGACAAGAAGGAGAAGCACGUCAAUCUCCUGUACCUGCAAGAUCCACGCGACGACGGUGUAGGUCACUUUGCAUGGAUAAAAGAUCUAGCCCGUCUAGUGAGCAUGCAACUUACCAGGAAAAAAAACAAGAAAUACUUCUGCGAUCGAUAAGUAUAAUAAGAAAAAUGCCUGCAUUACUUCGGCUCGAGCGAGAAAUUGCAGACGCACGAAGUGGACUGCCAAAAACUGAACGACUGCGCCAUCCGCCUGCCGAGCGAGAACGAUAGAUGGCUCGAAUUCAGCAACCACCGCAACCAGGAACGAGUACCGUUCGUCGUCUACGCCGACCUGGAGUGUGUCCUGCAGAAAACGGAGCCUGACAAGGUAGACGUGCCAACAUCGUACGCGUAUCAGCGUCAUGAAGUAUUCAGCAUAGGAUACUACGUGCACUGCUCGUAUGACAAUUCGUUGUCGUCGUAUCAGUUUUGUCGCGACGAAGAUUGCGUAGCAUGGUUCGCGCGACAGCUCGGAUGA